CCUACUCCAUAGUUUGUGGUAACCAAAAGUAGCUCCUCUUUUUAUUAUCUCUACAUCUUUUGUAUGAUAGUCUUAAAGAUAUAUAGCAGCAAUUAAGUUCCUAUGGCAAGUGGUUGUUUAGAAAGCAGCUUUGAGGACCACGACUUCGACAUCGACGGCGAAAUGCUCGCGGAGUUGCUAGAAGAGUCGAGCGUCGACGAAGGCUGCGACGAUAAGUUCGGGAAUGUGUUUCGUAGCCUGGAAGCUGAGAUCGGGUCCGCUGACUCGAUGGUGGCUGGCAGUGCUGGUGGUGGUGGUGGUAUCGAUGGCGUUGUGACGAAUGUGCACGUGCACGAAGAUUGCGAGGAUUGCGAAUUGGAUGGGAUGCUGUCGGACUUCGGCGGGCGUGAUGGGUCGAGAUCCUUGACGUGCAACCAUCUCGAGGAGCCGUUCGAUUGGGUGGCGAUGGAGGCGGCCGACGGUUCUCCGACCGGCCUCGAGAUUGGCGCCGAGUGGUAUGUGGAAGAGUGGAUGUGUGAGGAUGGAUUGGUUGGGUUUGGGGAUGCAAGGGGAUACAAUUCUUGUUAUAUUUAUGGGGAAGGGGAAUCACCCAUGGAACAAAUGUAUAGUCCCUUGUGGGAGUGACAAUUUAGUUGCAGUAGUAAUUAAGUUGGAACUUUGAAAUGAUCUGGUUAAUGCAUGCUUAUCAUUUUGAUUCACAAAAUUAAUAUAGAUCCAACUUCUGAGAUAA